AUGAGCGACCGGGCCGGGAAACGGGUCGGUUGCCGGUUAGGUCGUUUCCGAUGCCAGUACCUCAGCUUCGAUUCUUAUCCGAUACGGUCAGCCGUCACUUUGACGACCAGACCGCCUCAGACUCACAGUCGGAAACAUCUCGGAGAGCUCGAAAAAAAGAAAGAUUACAAGUUGCGCGCGAGGGAUUUUCAGAGAAAACGCAAUACUUUGAAGAAGCUUUCACAGAAGGCUUUGGAACGUAAUCGGGACGAAUUUUACUUUCACAUGAUAAACUGUAAAACGGAGAAUGGAAAAGUUUUCGAGAAGAGCAAAAGUUCUAAGGAGGAACAUACGACGGAGCAAAUGAAGUUAAUCAACACUCAGGACGAACGUUACAUAAAUUUCAAAAUGAACAUGCAGCGACUGGUAAGGAGUUAGUU